AUGGCGCUCACGGUUCUGGGGGGUACUAGUAUCCCGGAUGAUGUAGUUGCCAUCCUUAGGAAGGGCCCGAAGUACAGCAUCGAGCCUAGGAUUCCAGGGCAUGAGCUACUUUCCUUGAAUCGAAGGAUUGCCGGUAAAGCUGACCCAGAGCACCAGGAAAGGUGCUUGCUAGAUGGUGUGGACAGCCUCAACAGGACCGCGCCCAUCCACGGAGCUGGACAUGACUCGACCACCAAAAGAUUCGUCAAGUUCUUCGCUGACCAGAAGCUGCGACUCACCCAAGUGGACAAGCAGGGCGUAUUCGUCAUCAUUCCGUCUGGAUUGAUAUCUUGGGCCAGGGAGAUCACCACCAUGCCAAGUCGCAGGCCCUACCGUCAUGUCAUCGACGGUGCGCCGAGGUCCCCACUGGUCGUUCCAGAAGUAUUUCGUAAAAGCCUCUCUUUUCGCGCUGCCAAAGGUGACGUCGUCUGGUGCACCUACCCCAAAAGUGGGUCCCAUUGGGUUCAGUACAUAACGCAAUUAAUCCUCAAGGAAGGAAAACCCAUCAGCUCCUACGGCGAGUUCGCCCGCAACUACCGGGCAAUCGAGUAUGUGGAGACUGAUGGCUGGGAGUCGCCUCUACCCGUGAGACUCUUCAUGACGCACCAGCCACUCAGCCGAGAGAAUAUGAACAAAGAGGCCAAGUACAUAUACGUCGCUCGAAACCCAUGGGACGUCUGCGUCUCGCAGUUUCGCAUGACGACCGACCUAAGCAGCUACCAGUUCGAGGACGGCACAUUCGACGAGUUCUUCGAACCCUUCAUCGAGGGAGACUUGGGCUUUGGGAGCUACUUUGACCACGUGGCGUCAGCGUACGCCAUCAGGGACGAACUAAACUUGUUCUUUGUGACUUAUGAAGAGCUCAAAAAGGACAAUAUGGGCACAGUUUUGAGAUUGGCUAGCUUUAUCGGGGAGAGAUACGAGAGGGCUAUGCUGGAAAACUCGCAAAUGCUACAAGAUAUCCUAGAAUGGUCCAAACCAGAACACAUGAGGAAAGUUGUCGUGCUUAAUUUCAGAGAAAGCGAGACACCGGAAUGGAACAAUCUUUUUGUUAAGAUCAAUGUGACGAGCAAGGAAGGCUAUGGUGGAGACAGUACAAAGUACGCGUUGGUAAAAGAAGCCAAAGUGGGAGGCUGGAAAGAAUACUUCACACCUGACUUGCUUGCCCGUUUGGAGAAGAAAAUACAAGAAGAAGGGGACAACGCAUCUUUUCUUGAGUUGUGGGAAGACAUUCGAAAAGAAGCGUUCACGUUGUCCCCUGGCUCUUCGGUGUACCAGCACUUCUCAGUACCUUAGUCCCUAAGCCCAACCUUCUAUUUCAAACCUCGAAAAAGGGAAAUGGAUGGUGGUAGGUGUGUAAACGCCUUUAUUUUACUCAGAUCGUCGUCCAAAAAGCGUCCACUAGGCCGGCCGGAUCCGUUCUGGGAAACGAAACUGCGAAGCAAUCUCAUUGCCAGAAGACUCCACGCAACCAAGCGCUGGGUAGAGUAAAGUGGAGACUGAGCUAAAGAAGAGCCGUCUCCCCAACAGAAUGGUACCAAGAUUGGUAGAGAAGACAUCCUCUGCGUCUAAGUUGGUAACGCAUCUUCUGCACCAGGGAAUUCAGGCCAAAGUCUAUCAACGCGUUUUUUAAGGGUGUUCUGG